AUGGAAAAAAAUUCUGCUACCGAGGAGCUCUCCAAGGUCAUUGAUCUAAAAACAACAGGAUGUCAGUUUCGACUACGCCCGUUUGACAUCAAGGAACGCUCGCAGCGACUCCCGCUACGCCGUGAUCGGAAACGGGCUGAGUAUACGCAACAAUACAAUGAGCUUCUUAGAUCUAAUUUCAAGAAUUCUAAGGCUUCUUCAGGUUCCGAUUUUCACUUUAUAUCUGGAUUUAAAUAUUUCUUCCAACACUUUAUACGUCAGCACCCUGUAGGCGCGUUGGUUGUGUGGAUAUUAUUGUUUUUGGUAGAGCUGAGCAUGGUUUUUUUGUCGACCGCCCAGUCAAAUAUUAUCAGCACCUCAUUUAUAUACUACGACAAAUAUGAGAAAAGUUAUUGGUUUUACGCUCGAUUUUCUCUAUCAAUUAUUUCGCUUCUACAGCUUUUUUUCGCCUACUCGUUAAGCGUUUCGACGAUAUUUGUCGUCAUUGCAACCUCCAUUUAUCAAAUAUUGAUUGGCAUUCUCGCGUUGUUCACCCAGUGGUCGUGGGUGAGUCAAAUGUACGUGCCUCUCUUUUUGCGCUGCUGGCCUAUGCGGCAGUACCUUCUUUUUAUUUUGGAUACCAUAUUUUCCUUGAGAACUCACAAUCAUAAGAUGGACUUGAUUUGGAUUGCCGCGGACCCUUUGACGCUUUUUAUAUGCAUGGUCUACACGGCCACGGCGGUAUUUCGCGCCGCGGAGACCUUCAAUGGUAAUUAUAUUAGCUUUUCCGAUUCGAUCUACUUUACCGUCGUCACCGUCACCACGGUCGGGUUUGGCGACGUUCACCCGUCAACCACGAUUGGAAAGGCGGUUGUGAUUGUAAUUAUAGUCGUCUUUCUGUCAAAGAUGCCGACCUUCAUUCGCGUGAUUCGCUCAACAAUUAAACUUAUGGGGAUGUAUCGCUCCUAUAAAGGCAGGCUAAGGCACUUUAUUGUAUACGGACUGGUGACCCGUGAGGAGGUGAUCUCGAUCUUAGACGAGGUCUUUUGCCUCUACCCCAUGAAGGAAGUGUGCUUUUGCAAUAGAGAGUUUGCUGAAGACGUUCUCUCGGUUGGUCGGCACCCGUCGUAUCGCAUGCGCGCUACGUUUUUACUGAUCGAUGUGCUCGAUAUUUUCGCGUUUCGUCGAAUGCGGGCGGCUGAGGCCUGCGCGGUCUUUAUUCUUCCCGUGAAGGCGGGCUAUUCCUCCCGCGUAGAUGACGAUGUGAUGUUGACCUCGCUAACGUUUGAGCUCUUCAUGCCGAACCUGCCGCAGUAUCACUGGUUUCGCUACGGCAUGCACGCAAAACUUCUUCAUGGAAAGCACAUUAAUGUCAUUAAUGAAUACCUGCAAAAGAAUAUUAUGGCGACGGCCCUGCUGCUGCCUGGGAUUGUUCCCUUUUUGGUGAAUUUGGUCCGGAGCUCCGGGGCUAAGGGGGAAGAGCCACCAAAGCUGUGGACCGAGGACGGGGUGGAGGAUUGGAAAGGGCAGUAUGAGUAUAGUCGCCGUAAUGUGAUUAGCACUUUCCCGUUGCCGUACUGUUUUGUGGGGCAAAAGCUUGAAGAGGUUGUUCGCGCCUUCAAGUUUCAUGAUGUUCUCAUUGUGGGCGUUAUGGAAGGUGUUCGAGGGGUAAUGCACUUGAAUUUGGACUAUAUCAUGACCAAUAAGGACUCCUUAGCCGCCAUUUACGAAUUACAACGCAACGGCAUGGCGGUUGCAUUGGAAUUAUUCAAUAGCUUUGAUGUUUAUGAAAAAAUGCAUCAGCAUCAUCCAAGCGAGCCCUUUUCUAAAGUCUUCGAUCAUGGGAAAGCGACAGCAGUUAAUUUAAAGGAAUCCUUUGUUGACGACAUACCCAACGAGAGCUUUUCAAGUUUUCGAAACUAUCCAAAUGAAAGCCGUCGGGAGAAAAUACGCGAAGAUGACGUAAAAAUGAUGAAUCCCCGUAUCUUUAGGGAAGACGUGAAACUUCGGCUUCAAAAGCUCGAGUUUUUGCCCAAAACAAUGUGCGGUAUAACCCUCAGCUCCAUUCAGCUUGGCACCAAGGAUGCGCAUCACCUCGACGCUCUCAUUAAGCGCCUUGAAGAAGCUUUAGCAAGAACGUACGCAAAUGAAGCAGAGAAGGUGAAUAUCUUGAGCAAUCUGGAAAAGCAACUGACCAUGUACCUCAAAGAGCUUGCAUAUGAGCAUGCGUCUGCCAUUGCGGACUUCACUGUUGAUACUCAGCAGGAGGUGGUCUUUCUUUUUAUUGAUCAGGUAUCGUCCAUCCAACGUAAGACGAGCAUCUCAGUCUAUGAAAACAUCAUUUCUCAGACAAUUGCACAGUACGAGCUUUACGUAAUGAUGCAGUGUAUUCGCUCCGUGCACACAAACUCCCAUUUGAGGUUACUGACAUUGCGUAAGUACCCGUCAGAGUAUUUGAAAAUGUGGGAAAAUAUGUUCAAUUCACCGUUGUGCUGUAUACAAGGGCAGGGCAUUAUUGAUUCUCAUCUCUAUUUCUCGCUUUUCGAAGGCCCAAAAAAUCCCAUGAGGAUUUAUGGUAUUUUACUCUACUGCUCUCAAAUGGGGCAACACGACUUUGGGGAUAUUCCCCUGUCGUCGGUUAUGAGCAAUGUUCUCCGGUUUUUGGAAAUGAACGCACAGCGAUCAGGAGGUUGGGAGGAUGUUCCUGAGCCGAACAUCAUGAUUGAGCUGGAGUCCUUUUUGUCUUCCAUAAAGGUUGCUCCAUUUCAUGCGGAUUUUGAGUGGCGCCGGCGCGGUGAGCGUAAUUUUCAGGACUCUCUUGCAUUUAUGAUGGGGCGAUGCUUUUCCUCAAAUAUGUUGCAUACGCUGUUGAUACACAGCUAUCGGGAAAAUAGAAUCAACACCUUCUUUAACAUGAUCCUAAACCUCACUAUGUAUGUUGAUAUAUUCAAUCCGAGCAUGUGGAUCAUUCAGGCACCUCUAACGCAAACACUCUUUAGGCUGUGCAGUAACCGAACCCUUCAGUUUAAAACCUUUGGAGCUGCCUUCGAGUUUCUUUUAAGGAGCCGUCGUUGUAUCGCAAUCGGGGUGUUUCGACUUUUCCCUUCGGAGGAAUACAUGAAAAUCAAAGCACGCUACUUCGUGACCAACCCCCCACUUUCCAUGCCCCUCUUAAUUCAUGAUAUUAUCUAUUCUUUAGAUGGCAAGACUGACAUCAUUACAUCUUGUUGA